AUGAGAGUAGUGCCAGUGAUUGUGGCCUUCAGCGGCUUUGGCACUGGCUGGAGUCUGGUGGAGCGGCAUCCAUGCUUGCGAGAAGCCUACUCGUCAACAGCGACUGGGGCCUUUGUCGGGUGGAGCAGUGAAAACUUGUGGCUUUUCAAUGAGUCGAAUGGGAUCUACUUGCAAGCGAAAAGGAAUACGUUCCAGCCGGACUUCGAUAGGCCGAAGCUCUAUGCAGCUUGGCAGCAGGACUGCCAUCACAUAAAAGACACGGAAUUGAAGCUGCCCGCAAGGUUUACAAGUGGUCACAGGGUGCUUGCAUCGCAAGGUGCUGUGAUUGCAAUACAUUAUGGUCAUGAUGCCAACAUCGCCAUCGCCAAACAUGGGAAAGUUCUUUGCGUUUUGGAGCUUGAGCGAUAUUUUGGAUUCCGGUACAUGGUUCCAUGGAGAAGAAACCAUGAAUUUCAACCGUUUAUGCGGAAAGCGCUGAAAGUGAUGCGUGACAAAUGCGUUUGUGAGGGUGGCGCGUGCCCUACCAAGUUUGAUGAAGGAGUGUUGAUGGACCUGCCCUUUUACAAGCCAAAGGUUUCUGCACAGACUCCUUUCAUUGUGGAAGAGGUUUUUGGCAAGGUGGGACGGUGGCGCCAUGUACAUCAUCAUGAAGGACAUGCAUUGUUAGGCUACUUUGCUUCACCCUUCAGUUCGGCUCUCAUUGUUUCCUUUGAUGGCGGUGGAGACGAUGGAAUUUUCAACGUCUUUCUGGGCCAGGGGGCGGAAGUUCAGCGGAUCGGCAACUUCCACGCGGCCUUUUCGACUCUCUACAACAGCUUUCAAAUGCUUUUGCCAGAUGUGGCCGGAAAGUAUUUUGUGAUGUUGCAUGACCACAUCUGUGGCCAGUGGCUCAAGGGCGAGCUGAAGGUGAAAGAUGGCUGGUAUGUGUUUAACAUUUACCACCCAUCUGUUCAGCUAGACUUUGCCGGCAAACUCAUGGGCUACUCAGGCCUGCGAAAGCCUGGAAGGCUCACAGCCGUAGAGCAGGCUGAGCUGGAAGCAUUCUUCGACCCCAUGUUUUCAGAGACAGGAAUGAAAGCGAACAAUUACAAUCAUCGCUUUCCUCCAAAUCUACUCAAGUUGUCCUGCACCUCCUCAGAUGGCCAGAAACGGCUGGCAGCCGAGAUUCAAGCACAGUUCCAGAAGCGCUUGUACCGAAUGAUCUCAGGGAUGCUAGAACAAUUGAAAGCGGCCCGGACACAUGUGGAGGGCAUUGUCUUGACCGGGGGAUGUGCUUUGAACGUCAUUACAAACCAGCUGAUCCGUGAUACUCUCACCAAGGAGGGACAAAAAGCUGGAACACAGUCCCAUCACCGCACUGACUUCAGGCCCUUAGGCGUCUACGUGCCUCCUGCGCCUAAUGAUGCAGGGCUGGCAGUGGGUGGUGUUUGGGCCGUACAGCCACCGCGAAUGGUGCAGCAGUUGCAAUACUUGGGCUUCCCGCUCUUUGACGAGGAGAUCCUAUUUCAAGAGGUUCGCCAAAGAGCUGCCUCGAAUCUCAACGAUUUAGGAGGUGUUCACUAUUUGGCUCAACUCUUGACCUCCAACUCCUCUGUGAUGGGCGGGAAGCCCAUUAUCGCAGUGGUUCGAGGACGUCAGGAGUUUGGACCACGUGCCUUGGGGCAUCGGUCCUUGCUGGCAGUUCCUGACAGCUACGAGAUCAAGGCUCGGUUGAACCGCUUGAAGCACCGCCAGUGGUACCGUCCAGUGGCUCCGAUGAUCGCGGAAGAGGACUUGGUGCAGGUCUUUGGACGAAAGGUGAUGAGCCCCAGCAUGGAGUUUGCACCCAAAGUGCUGAAGGCUGUCCAGAAGCGCUUCCCAGCACUGGCUCACUAUGAUGGCACGGCCCGGCACCAAUCGGUGAGCCAAUCAGAUGAGCCAUGGGUACAUUCCUUGCUGUUAGCCGUGGGGAAGCGCACGGGUUUGGCUGCAUUGAUCAACACCAGCUUCAACUCGCGAGGAAAGCCCAUUGUGAACACUGUGAGUGAAUCUUUGGAGAUGUUGGACACAAUACCAGAUCUCGAUUAUUUGGUUAUUGAACAUUGGCUCUUCAAAGCACCUCGGGUCAAGAGGCCACUGCCGAAAGAAGAGCCAAAAGGGUGGACAAUGAAGCCCUUGGAAUAA